AUGGGACUUAUCUUUGCAUUAGAGCAGGAUGAUGUCGCCAAAAGAGAGCGAAUGAAGUCUCCAAUGUGCCACUUCAUUCCACACAGACGAAACGUUGCCUUGGCUUGCAACGCUGCGGCUGAUCAGCCUUCAGAAGAAAGCAUUAAUGAUGCCUUGUUAUCAAAUAAAGUUCCUGACCAUCCUACCUUUCUCGUGACCCCUUACGAUUUUUGCAUCGAAAACACCGAUGAAGGGAGUCCUGUUCUUGAAAAGUUUUACUCUAAUAUUUCCAUAAGCGUUGGAAAACGUGAAAAUGUUACCAUUGUUAGUCGUGGCACACAGGGUGAUCGGUACUUUGAGAAACUUUUAUUGAAUCUAUUAGACAACAUCAAAAUCACCGUUGAAUAUGCUAUGCAACUUGUGACUGAUGAAAUUGCCAAGGAAAAGCAGAUGCAGCGCCUUCUCCAACUUGAAGGCGAUGGGCGUAGCGGAGUGAAGGAGUCAACUAAGGGAACUUCUGAAUAUAGUAGAUCUCGCACUGACGUAGGAAAAGCUCUGCCUAUUUCUACGGAUCUGAUUAAAACACUACAUUCAUUCAAUAGAAAAUACCCUUACAAUCAGAAACAUCUUACUCAUAGUCGCAAAUCUAAGAACACAGACUCGUCUAUGAGUCGCUACACUCUGGUUUCGGCUUCGCAUACUUCUGAUCUGACUCCACCGUGCACCAAGGGAACCCUUUUACUACCCGCUGCUUUUGUCGCGAAUCCGCCUGUGUUUCACUUCACGAGCCACUCUUGUUCGGUGGUAGGUAGUCGCGAUCCAAAUGUUAGGAAGCAUUCCUACCUGUAUUCUCAGCAGAAUAGGAAAUCCAUGUUAUUACUUCUUGGAAAGCUUCAAACAAAAAGUCAGAACUCCCCCCCUGAGCCCCUCAAAGGUAAUGGAUGGGGCACAUCCAUGGUGACAUACUACUUUGAUGGUGAGAACUCUGUCAUGGCGUUGCCAGGCAUUCCUAAUUUCAAGGAAGUAAUUCGAUCGUUCUCGGUCGACUUUUGGAUACGGACAGAUUGCACUGCUUCGGAAGGGAAGCGCGUGCUGGUCCAGAUUAUGGAUGGCCAGAAUGAGGACAAAGGGCAACUCUUUCAAAUAUCACUCAAUUGUUAUGAAGAAAUGAAAGAGUCCAUUCGACUCUUUGCACGCGAUUCCGCAAAUCGAGUUUUGGAGGCCCUUAUUUCGCUCAACAACUUCCCACAGGUUACUUCUGGAACGUCAUUCCAUCACAUUUUGUUCACUGUUCAAAGUCUUGAUGAGGGGCUGAUCCAAUGUCUCAUAGACGGCCGUUCGGCAGAUGUCCAGAUGGUUCAACAAGAGCAUCCUAUUGCAUUUAACUCAUGGCCGCAUCGUUUGUUUAUCGGAGGAUUCCUUAAUGAGAAUAAUAAUCCGACGUCAAUAUUUCGUGGAACUCUCUUGGAUUUGCGCUUCUGGUCUGAUGGAGAGGCAAGGAAGCUAUUGCUUUUUUGGCGUUUAUUCGCUGACGCAAGUGGUAAACUCAUAGAGCUAACCAAGACCAUACCGGCAGAUCAUCACGAGAGUUUGCUCUCGUUAAAACAAGUGGAGGAACCCGUUCCAAAUAGUUCGCCGUAUUUCGAUGGCAAUCUUUCGAUGAAUCUAGGGCUCAUGCCACUAUGGGGUGAGCUUAUGCAGAAUUGGCGCCUCGAGAUAAGCUUUCGCACUGAUGUCUCCACAAGCAUCAUGUCACUUGUUGGGGUAACGGACCAGAAGUACAAGAUGCAGGAAUUUGGUAUUGUUCUUAAUGCAGAGCCGCUUUUUCUGAAAGAGAGGUUUCAUUUUCACGAAUUCAACGUGACCUUUUAUCUUGUGGAUGCAUUCGGCGCGUGCUGUUCUGCUCUCCUUCGCGGCUCUGAACGACAAAACUUGAUGGAUGGUGAGUGGCACACACUAGUUUGGAAGUGUGUGGACAGCGAAUCUAACAAAUUCCUUGUUUCAGUAGAUGGGGUUCCACAAGAACUUUUGUACAUCGUUCGUGAGGGACCAAACCGCUUUGUCGAAUUCGAUAACUGGAUUUGUGUGGGAGGGCAUAACGUUCGAAAUUGGAAAGUCAAACGCCCCUUCUUAGGUCAAAUAGGAUGUUUUUAUGUGUCACUUAGGGGCAAAAUUUACAGCACAUUGAACAUGGAUGAAGGGCCAGGGGCCUAUGUCAUGCAGGACCGCUCUGGCCACCAUAAUCACGGAUUGCUGAUUAAUCCUAGUACCGGAUGUGUUCGUAGGAAUGACGUUCUUUGGAUGCCUGGCAAGGUAAAAAAGUGUGAGGAGGAAAGGGAAGAUAAUCGCAAGCUCGAUUUGGUUGUGUAUAAGAAUAAUCACGUGUCAAUCGCCGUGGUGGUCUUCACAUGUGUGUUUGACUCUAUAGGCACGCCACAAGAAGCUAUUGAGGAUACAAUUCACGGCAAAACAUACAGUCCUCAGGUAAUAAGCGACGAUGAUGAUGUAGGUGGAAACUGUAGUACGAAGAAUUCCUGGCGUACGUGGCGAGCUAUCCCAAACGAGUGUUUCAAACCAUUGGACACCAUUGUGCAACUCGAGGAGUCAUUUAACGCCGUCUUGUCUUCUCCAACUGUGCAAGGCCACCUUAUGAUAGUCGUCAGAAUAGGCGACUGUAAUGUGACUUUGCUUCAUUUGUGCGACCCAGAGCUGCCCCUUGAUGCUGUCUACGAUUACAAUAUGCUUAAGUGGCGCUACUCGUAUAUUGUUGAGGGCCAACGUGGCCGCCGUGAACUAAUGCUCAAUCGUAUGAUUGAGAGUGUGGAGAGCGUCCUUCUGGCAACAACUAUGACCCCUUAUACAACUGCUCGCCUUGGACCCCUCAACUCUAUACCUGGAGUUCCUCUCCUCUCAGACGAUAUUGUUCAAUCGUUAGUAGGAAAGGGAAAGCCAUGGUUUUUGGCUAGCAUUUUACAUGCACAACUCUUAAAUUUUAAAUACGGCUCGAGCUUACACAUACUUCAUCGGGUGCGUCCAUCCAUGACCUUCGAUGAGGCAGCUUCAAUUUUCUUAUUUAGCAAACGCCUUCAUGACGGUGCUAGGGAAAAAUCUGCCAUUGUGAUUCAACGAAACUGGCGGAUUAAACUGGCAAAAGCUGAUGCAUUUAAUCGGAAGCAAAUUCGUGAGAUACAAGAGCGAAAGCUGGAGGAAAUACGUGUUCUGCGUACAAAUCCACUAGUGCAAGCGAAGAAAGAGUUGUACGCGCUUUUGAUCACACUUAACCACGUAGCGUGCCCUGCGGUGCCACUGAUAACUGCCGAAACAGCGGAUUUGGAGGAAGUUCUUCGUAAACAAGGCUAUGAGGUUGAACAUUUAGCAGACCCGACUGCUACGCAAUUAAUGGAAGCUAUCUCGCACAUUGACCCCUCCAACUCCAACUUCAUCUACAUAAGUGGGUAUGGUGGGCAGAUGAAUGUACGGCAGCCUCUUUUAGUGGGAUUACAUAGCUUACACAUCACUCUCGAGGAAGGAACUUCGAGAGCCACAAUAGGGGGUGAGGAGGGUGAAGCCUUUCGUUUAUUGAUCUCACAAGCUAAGGAAGCAAGGGCAAACAUCAAGCCUCGUAGAAAGGGCAAAAAAGAGAAGGCAGUGAAAGUAGGCAGAUACAAGAAAGCAAACUCUGAGGAGCUGGAGAUGAUAGCUCAGCAGCAAGCCAUCAUGUUUCAAACUGCUCAAGCUGACCUUGAGCAAGAGUUUCUUUCGUUCCGUAAUGCGCUUCUCACAGAGUGUGAGAUGGAGUUUCAAAUGAUCGUUCGUCUAGUAAGGCAAGCAGUUGUCAUGACCCAAGAGUACGAACGAAAAUUUAUGCUACUGGACACGAUUCAGAGUUACGUGUAUCCGUGCGAAAGUAUCCUCAUUGAGCCGUAUGCAAACUCGGCAAUUAAUGUUGAAACUAUCCUGCGGGCUGCCCUUCGGCAGUCCUUUGUGCCGGGCUUUCAGUGUAUUCUUGCAAUUGAUCUUGAACCAGUUCUUCCAUAUUCUUGCGGCUUUGCCUGUCUUGCUAGCAGCACGGGUAACAUUCUUCGAAUGCCGUAUAAGCCUCAACAGCGUCGUAUCCUUUCGUGGUCAUUAGUAAAGGCGUUUGACGGCCACGCACCAAGAGUGCCGGCCGCUUCUAUAUACUCCGUCCUCGCGGGUGGUAUUGAUACCAACGAAUCUCAACGAGACUGGAAAUCCUUUGCAAAAUACAUCGUCGGUAAAAUGCAAUCUACGUGUUCUGCAGAAAAAUUCAAUGCCUUGUGUCACGAGCUCUCAAGAGAAGUGCCCUUUGUGGCGGAGUUGAUCCCAGUACGCGAUGUAUUGAUGACAGAUAAAGUAAAGGAUCGUGUGCGACGCGAGCGCGAUUCUCAGCUUGUCACUGCGCAACUUACUUUUGGUGUUGGCAGCACAAAGGUGCAGGGGGAUAUGUUUUCCCUUUUUAAGCAUAUCUUGGAUAAUGUCGCUAUCUCUGAAAUCACUCUCACGAAUACUAUUCAUCUUAUCCUUUCAAAUAUGUCCCGAAAUAUAGAUGGUGUGUUGAUUAGUGAUGUAGCCUCUAAAAUUGAGGAAUGUCGUCCACUUGAAUCAGAUGGUCUCGAGUUUAUUGUAAGAAAAACACGCCAUGGUAUUGAGGUACGUUUCGUCUUACAGAACCCAAAGCAAAGAGUUGUUCUAAAUGCGUGGCUUAGUAAUAUCACAGUGCGUAGUCUGAAAUGGCAAAUUUCACUGAACCCACUAUACGGGUAUAGUAAGCUAGACGUGAGCUAUGUGGAAUACUUGUACACACUCAAAACAACCUGUUAUCAAAGAUGCUUCAGAAAAUUGUUAAAACAAUCAUAUACUGACCCUCUGCCUGGCCAUUUGGUUCGUUUCCUGAGUGUGGAACUCGUGAAGACAAAGUAG